UGCCAAGUAGCCGAGGCAGGCGCGUGCCCAGAUUGUUAGCACACUUUCACGUGUUAAUUUUUAACCAAACGCCACCCCAUGCCAUAAACGUGGAAGCCGCCACAGUCCUUAGGUCAUAUCCGCUGGGUGGCAAUAGGCCACAGGACAAUAACUGACGGGCACUAAAGCGUCGCCAACGGUCUAAUCCACCGCUGCCGCGUCCAGGGCCUCCAGGGCAGAGGGGAGGUAGGCGGCCGCCCGGCGCGUAAAGCGGGGGAAGAAUUCUUAGAAAUGGAUGACAAAUGGCCUUUCUACUUUCAGAGAGCUCUCACAGACAUCUGUCCAUAUGGAGGAGGAGGCUCCCCUGAACCAGCAGCAGCAGCAGCACUGUAACCAGGAGACGAGCACCAGUGUAGUCAAACCAGUUCAUCUGCAGGUUAAAGAGGAACACGAGGAAAAAUGCAUCAGUCAGGAACGACAGCAGCUGGCACAGCAACAGGAGACUGAUGCCUCUAAGUUGACUUCCACACGUGCGGCACGUGUCCGCAGUGAUCAGUCUCAGCCUUUGGACACUGACCAGCCUCACACUGCAGCAAAUAAAGCUCCUCAGUCCAACAUCCUAAACAAAGACACAUUAUCUGAAUCUGACAGGGAGGGUUCUUCAGUAUCAGUGCCAAACAGUGACAAGCACCUCCUCUCUCACGACUCUCGUGUAGCUGAGAGCCAAGAUGCCAUAACUUCUAACCACGGAAGUGUAAAACCAAAUGGACAUACUGAGUUAGCACCAAAUGAGAAAAGCAACGAGGAGAACACAGCAUCAGCUACGAAUACGGAGCAAACAUCAGAUAAGAGAUGUAAUGAUGAAAACACAGCAUUAACCAGGAGUACCGAGCUAGCACCAACGGAGAAAUCUAACAAUGAGACAUCAACUAGAAGUACUGAGUCACCACCAAAUAACAAACCCGAUAAUGGAAAAACAAAAUCGGCUACAAGUACUGAGCUAACACCUGAUCAGAACUCUAACGGUGAGAACACAACAUCAGCUAAAAGUACUGAACCAGCACCAGAUAACAAAUGUAACAAUAAGACCACUACAUCUACUAGUGAUGGGAACACAACAUCAAACAAAAGAACUGAGAUAACACCAAACAAGAGAAGCAAUGUUGAGAACACAGCAUCAACUGAAAGUACUGACCCAACACGACAUGUAAAUGAAAAUGAAAACAGGACCGUAACCAGAAAUACUGCAUCAGCACAAAAUAGAGACCCGAAAGGGGAAGAACACAAGACACGGAAGAAACCCGAUGAUGGGAAAGCGACAUCAACUUCAAGUAUUAAACCAACACUAGGUCAGAAACGAAACAAUGAGACAAAAUCAAGCAGAAGUACAAAGCUAUCACCAAAUAAGAAUUGUAGCAGAGAGAACACAACAUCAACUGAAAGCGCUGAACCAGCCCCUAAUAAGAAAUCCAGUGAUGAGAAAAAAUCAACCACAAGUACUGAACCAAGAGCAGAUGAUAAAUGCAAUCAUAGGAAAACAACUUCUACUGAAAGUAUUCAGCCAAAACCAGAGAGGAAACCCAGUGAUGGGAAAAGAACAUCAACUACAAGUACCAAGCCAAUACCUAAUAAGAAAGAUAAUGAUGGAACGACAAUGUCUGCAAGAAGUGAGGAGCCAACGCUGCACAAGAGACAAGAGGACGGGAGCGCAACAUCAAAUGGAAGUACUGACCCAACACCAAGAAAGAGACGGAAGGAUGACUGUACAACAUCAACCAGUAGUACAGAGCUAAAACAUAGUGACAAACAUAUCAAUGAGAGCGCAACAUCAAAUGGAAGUACUGACCCAACACAAAACAGGAAAGAUGGGAACACUUCAAGCGGUAGUAUCGAGGAUGACGAAAACCCUUACAAGUGUGACUGGUGUGGUAGAGUGAUGACCAAUUUCAAAAACUACAAAUUCCAUAUGAAAUCCCACACUGUCGAAAAGACUUUCAAAUGCGACACUUGCGGGAAAAUGUUCAGGGAGAGUUGGGACUUGAAUAAACAUGUAGUAAUUCACUCUGUCGAGAAGCCUUUCAAGUGCAACGUUUGCGGAAACGGAUUCAACCGGCGUUACAAUCUCGACCUGCAUCUUAGGGUUCACACCGGGGAAAAGCCGUACAAAUGCGACAGCUGUGAGAAGAGCUUCAGCUCCUGUGUGAACAUGAAGAAGCACAUGAGAAUUCACACAGGUGAGAAGCCUUACGCGUGCAGCGACUGCGGGAAGGAGUUUGCAGAUUCUUCGUCUUUCAAAAACCAUCUGCGGGUUCAUACGGGCGAGAAGCCCUUCAGGUGUUCCCACUGCAAGAGAAGAUUUGCCACCAGGACAACUCUGAAGAGGCACACCCGAACACACACCGGCGAAAAGCCCUAUAAGUGCAAUGUGUGUGAGAAGGUGUUCGGUCACAAAACGGACCUGAAAGGACACGUGAGGACACAUACCGGGGAGAAGCCUUACAAAUGUGGUACUUGUGGAGAACAGUUCUCCAACUGGUCAAAACUCAACAAGCACAAGAUUGUCCACACAAGUGAUGCACAAAGCUCCUCUGCUUAAAAACGUCGGCUUUUGACACGACAUGCUAAUGAUAAAAGGAAAUUUUGUUUAGUUUUAAAAAGGGUACUGAUUUAGCAUUGCACUCCUGCAGCUUAAUGUUGUCUGACUCACGACUGACAGUCAAAAAACUAUCACAAACUAUCAAAAUCAAGUCUUUUUUCAGUCCGUACAUUCUUUUUCCUUGUCAAUUCCUGGUGCCUACAUUCCCCGUGAUGCAACACAAUCAUAGACCAUUUGCCGGCGAGAGUGUUAAUAAUAAUGCAUUGUGUUUGAUGCACAAACUGGAUUCAGUGUAGUAGCCAGCUAGCUUGGGACCUAGCAGAUGGUCAGACUGAAAAUUGAGUUGCAUUUAAAAACGCAAGGGGGCAGCGUUGGUGAGGCUUUGUUACAUAAGGUACUAGUGGUAAGAUGAAAUACAAGCCAGGAAAGUUACUUUAGUGAGUGAUCUAUGAGUUUGUUAGACAUCAAAAUACCGCACAGAGGUUUAUAAUGUCACAAAGACAAUAAUUUUACCGACAUUUUUGAUGUAAACCGUAGAUUUGCACUUCUCAUAACAAAGUACUCUACCUGGGCUUGCACGUAUUUGACUGUCCAACACAUUUCUUUGCCGGAUUAAGUUGCAUUGCUUUGCAGCAACACUUGAUGCAGCUAAGCGUUUUCGCUGGACAUCUCUGACUCAAAAUGCAUUUUGUAUAUUACUAUUUUCACUGGUGUCUAGAUUUUCAUGAAGCAUCUGGAAGCUGGGGCGUUUGUAAGAGCCAAAUCCCACAGUUUUGUUCCCUCUCAAAGUUUCAUAACAAUUGUUUUUAUACACAGAAAUUGUUGGCAUACACUACCAGUCAAAAGUUUUAGAGCACUUCAGUUUUUUUUAUUUAUUAUUAUUGUUUUUUUAUUUUAAAUAAUUAAAGUAUAGAACAAAUAAAUGACUGCUGUGGAGGAAAUAUUAGGAGUUUGUGAAUAGACUAUAGUGAGCAGUGUAGAUUGCUGGAUACCCUUUUGAAGCCUGAGAUAAAGCUACACACGACAGGUCUGUAAGAUGAUUUUGUUACUGUUACAUUAUACGUAUUCGUAUGAGGUGU